AUGGCUAUUAAGUUCAUCCACCACAAAGGAGCUGACAACAAGCCAAGACCGACUGUCUUCUUCUUUACGCCUGCAAGAAGGCUCAUCUUCUGUGCCGUUAGCACCAUCAUCGCUCUAGCGCUCCACGACCAGGCUUUCGACGCAGCAAGCCUGACAGAUGCAACCCAGGUACUAAGAGCAGAGGUCAGGGGUCCAGUCCAGUCUACGGCUUUACGGUGGAAGCAGUCAAUGCUCAAGGUUCCGAUCUUUCGAAAGUUCAGCGGCAGUGCGUUGGCCGUUGACGAGGCCAUGAGCUAUUCCAAAUUACGAGACGACAUGGGCCGACAGAGCCUUGAUGCAGGUUUCGAGAAGGCCUGGACGCCACGGUUCGCCUGA